AUGUCUUUCUCCCUCACCGGCGUCGACGACGAGGCAACGCAGCGCUGCUUCGCCCACAUCCACGACCGCGUCCGCGCCACGCUCGUCCGCGGAGAGCCCGUCACCGUCGCGGGCGGCCGUCCCGUGCGGCGAACGCUCAAGCUGCUGCGGGCGCUCGCGCGGGGGCACUGGAUCGUCGGCGAGGAGUACGUCGCCGCGUGCGCGCGGAAUCGCGGCGUCGCCGUCGACCCCGCCCCCUUCGAGGAGGGGAUGCUCCCGCACGUCCCGGGCGCGCAACUCUCGCGGCUGAGCGGAGGCGGCCGCGCGCUUGCGGGGCUCACCGUGACGCUGCGAGGCGCGACGGUGAUGCCGCACGCCGACCUGUGCUCCCUCUGCUGCGAGGCGGGUGCGCGCGUCCAGUACGGACGCCCCAUCUCCGACGCGGGCGCCGUCGAGGGCCCAUUCGGCGCCUCCUUUUCGACCUCGCGCCGCGCCGCCCUCGCUGAGCUGCGCAACGCGGGCGCGUCGCCCAAGCCGCCACCGCCGUCGCAGGCCAAGCCCCUCUCGCCGAUCAAGCGGACCACGCGCGCUCGCGCCGCCGCCACGGCGCCGCGGCUCAGCUCGCGCGCGCACGCGCUCCGGCUCUACCGGCGCAGGCUGCCGGAGUGCAACGUCGACCUCCCUCCCGACGUUCCCUGCUCGCCGGCCCACCCCGGGCUCAGCCCGCAGCGCAAGCGGCGCGGCGCCGACUUUCUGCACUUGCUCGUGCACGGCCAGGGCGCCCGCACCGCUGUCGCUCGCCUCGAAGGGAAGGAGUCGAUCGUCGGGGCGCUCACCCUGAUCCCGCACGCCGCCGCCUCCUUCUGCGAGGCGCGCGGCGCCUCGCUCCACGCUGGCCGCGGCAUCGGCGCGGCGCUGCUGGGCGCCGCCGAGGCAUGGCUCGCGGAGCAGCUCGGCGUGCGCACUGUCGUCGUGCUCGCGGGCCACGACACGGUCGGCUUCUGGCGCAGGCGGGGCUACGCCGAGGCCGCCCCGCCGUCCGGCGCGCCGCUUGCUCGCCGCGGUCGCAAGGGGCGGCGCGGUGACGAGGGGGCGCGGCCGGCGCUGCUGCCCGAGCAGUGGUCGCUGGUGCGGGACCCGUUUGGAAGCUCACAGCCGAUGGUCAAGCAGCUGUGA